AUGGGCUUUAACGUCUCAUACUACGCCUUUCACGUCUACUGCAUGGGUUUCAUCCCCGGACUCUACCUCUCCUCCAUCCACAGAAUAACUGCGUUGGGGAGAACAACCUUCGCUUCUUCCUGCUCUUCCUCUUUGCGUGAGUGUGGAGAUGGGCGUGGGCAGGGGAAUGAGGAUGGAAGUGGGGAGGGGAGUGGGGAGGCGAGUGGAGAGGGGAGUGUGGUGGUGAGUGUGGUGGUGAGUGGGGAGGGGAGUGGGGAGGAACGAGGGGACAGGAGUCUCAGAAUUCCGCUCAGAACAACCGUGUGUGGUGUGGUUGAUGUAAAUGUAAGUUUUCUGGUGUACGGUGUGUUCGGCGUGUGUUCCAUCCUGGCCUAUGAGCUGUCAAGAGAGGACAGGUGGGCUGCGGAGGCCUUACUUCCAUCAACUCGUGUGGUCGGCGUGUGUUCCAUCCUGGCCUAUUUCACAUGCCCCCAACCCUCCCUCUCUCUCCCCUCCUCUCCGCGUCGCCACAUUCCGCUCCGCAGAAACAUCUAUUUUCUGGCGUAUGGUGUGUUUGGCGUGUGUUCCAUCCUGGCCUAUGAGCUGUCAAGAGAGGACAGGUGGGCUGCGGAGGCCUUACUUCCAUCAACUCGUGUGGUCGGCGUGUGUUCCAUCCUGGCCUAUUUCACAUGCCCCCAACCCUCCCUCUCUCUCCCCUCCUCUCCGCGUCGCCACGUUCCCCUCCGCAGAAACAUCUAUUUUCUGGCGUAUGGUGUGUUUGGCGACGCAUGUGUUAGGCUGGCUGCCUGUGAUCCUGCAGUGGCUCACAGUCUACUUCCACCGCCAGUGCGCGCUGCUCCUCUUCUCCCCCCCCCCCCCCCUCUAUUUAUCUUCCCUUCUCUCCUCCUUCCCCAAUCUCCAGUGGCUCUCAGUCUACUUCCACCGCCAGUGCGUGCUGCUCCUCUUCUCCCCCCCCACCCCCCCUCUAUUUAUCUUCCCUUCUCCCCUCCUUCCCCAAUCUCCAGUGGCUCACAGUCUACUUCCACCGCCAGUCAGUACUCUCCAUCUGCACCGCUUUUCACAGCUCUUCACCACACUCAUUUGCCACUUUCACCUCUUUCCGCCGUGUUUUCACGGUUUGUCACCAAUUUCGACCUUUUCCACCGCUUUCCACCGCUUCAGACAUACAAGUGGUCACAAUAUCGGCGGUGGGUGGCCCAUGAAGCUUCCAGGAUGCUGCAGCUGAAGCAUCGGGAUGAGGUGGAGAAGAAGGGAGGGGAGGAGGCAGAUGAGGAUGAGAGGAAGGCAAGGGCAGUGGGGCAAGUGAGAGGGGAGGAGGUGGGAGUGACAGAAGAGCAAGGGAGGGGACAGGGAACAGCAGGAAGGGAAGGAAAGUGA